AUGCCUGAGGCUGCGAGGCUACCCACUAGACCACCGGGGCGAUCGUAUGUGCGGCUGAUGUGCCAUCUCUAUCAUAGAAAAGAGUCAGAGACAGAUUAACAAUGGAAUCAUAGGGUCAGAGAAAACUACCUGUAUGUCUACGAUUUCCUAGACAACAUAUAGGGACAACUCUCGGGUGACAGGCUCAAAAGAUCAGUUUGGUAGCUGUCUUGUGUGUCUCAUAUUUGUUAUGUUGUGGAAUUUCACGUCGUUAAAUGUGAGAAGGGCAGGCACGGGAGAACAUUUCUCAUCAUUGCCUCCUGAUGACGUGGUCGCCGAUAGAGGCGUGUGGUUGAUGAGGUUUCAUAACCGACAUGUGGGUGUGUGUUAAAUGCAGUGUGUGUGUUCACCUCUCUCGUCCGUGUGUAGGCAGGAGGUAUGGCUACCUCUCCCAUUUGUAGGCAGCGUGGACCAUACGUGUAAAUAUAGACAGAGUUCAUCAUUUCAUGCAUGUUACAUCAUUUGUGUUUGACAAGGGAGGAAUGAAAGGUUGUGCGUAUGGAAACGGGGGUACUCCCUGUGUCCGUGUUGUUCCCAGAUGUUGCCGCAUCAAGUGGCAGCAUGUGUCAUGGAUAGGUAGACGUGGAAGGACGGCGACAGGUGAACGGCAGCAGUAGAAUGUUGUGCAUGGUGGCAUGUU